CGCUUAUUUCGUCCUUUUCUCGCGGGAUGUGCCUUUUUUGAUGUGGGAUGGAUGGAUGGAUGGAUGCAGCAGAACAGACCAGACUGGACCGGGCUUGCGGGCUGGGUGAGUAUCUAUGAGUAAAGGAAUGAACACACACCCUGGCCAGGCUUGUGUUGUUGGGGAUUCCAGUAUCAUACACCAAGGGUUCUUCACUUCAUGCCAGAUCGAUCAAACUCAUACGUGCGUGCAGCACGCGCCUCGAACCUCGGUUCCAUGGUUCAAUACCUCAUCUUACCAAGACCAGGGGCACGGUUUCAGGGGAAUGAAACACGAGAAUGAAGCUGUCCGUCCUGUCUACAACACAUGGACAUGCACCUUCGAACCCUAAUUAUUCUAAGAAUACAUCCUUGGUGCAAUCUGGCGUGUCGUUGGCGGACCA